AUGAUUCAACCAACCAAUUGCAAUGACACACCCCUGAAUAGUCUCUUAUUUAAAUUCUGGGGACGAAGCGUUUCCAGGACCGGUCUCCAACAGUUGGAAAAAGCCUUUGUACAUAUAAUAACAACUGGCAAAAAACGUGGUUUGAGUGGGAAGAAAUUGUCAAAGGAGAACGCACAAGAGUCGAAUUGCAAUGUAUUGAUACAUGAUUUGGAAACUUUGGCCAUAAGUUCAGAGAGGGAUGGCAUUCUGACAAAAGUUUCCCUUGGAAUGGUUCAAAUUCUAGAUCAAAUUCAACCUGAUAUCUUGAUAUACGUUCGGGAGCUAGAGAUUGAUGCAAUUCGCGGGAUCAAAGCUGCCAUGAUGGCGCCCCAAAGAGACGGUGGUGUUACUGAAAUUGUCAUACCUUUGAAAGAAGUGGAAUACUUGAUGUGGUUAGCGGAUUUGCCGAUUGAGGCGCUUAAACAUUGGAAUACGCCGAAAAUCCAAUUGCAAGUUAUCACACAGGAUCGACCGGAUUCUUUGGCACGUCUUAUUAGAUCGCUUAAUUCAUCAUACUAUUUUGGUGAUAGCACGCCCCUGACGAUCAACAUGGAUCGGAAAGCAGACCCCGUCACAAUUGAGUAUUGUAAAACGCUUAGAUGGAAUAAUGGCCGAAAGAAUGUUCGUCAUCGCAUAGUUCAGGGUGGAUUAAUGGCGGCUGUUGUCGAAUCUUAUUAUCCGGUUGAUGAUAACGACUAUGCAAUACUGCUUGAAGACGACGUGGAACUUUCACCGUUCUACUAUAGUUGGACAAAGUAUAGCAUCUUGAAAUAUAGAUACGGAACUAAUCGCACUCUGGUCGGAAGAAUGUACGGUGUCAGUCUUUAUAGCACUAGGGUUAGCGAGUUGCAUUUAACCGGACGACAACCGUUCAAUCCCUCAUCAUCCUUUGAGGGUACAAACUAUCCUUCAUAUUCACCAUAUCUCGGUCAAGUUCCUUGUAGUUGGGGUGCCGCAUUCUUUCCUGAAGUUUGGAGAGAAUUCCACCGUUAUUUUAUCGCGAGAUUAGAAGAUUGGAAUGGUCUAAGGGUGCAAAACAUUACAGUUCCAGAGAGUCGCUCAAACAAAUGGAGUAAUUCCUGGAAACGAUUUUUCAUAGAGCUCGUCUAUCUUCGUGGCUAUGUGAUGCUCUAUCCAAAUUACGAAAAAUUUCAAAGUCUCUCCACUAAUCAUGCUGAAGUAGGAGCUCAUAUUCAUUUUAGCAACAAAAAAUCUCACGUCAAUGAUAUUUUUCAUGUACCUUUGAUGAAAAAAAAUGAUUUGUUGCGAGGGUUACCCGGCGGUAAACUACCGGAAUAUAGUGACCUGCCGACAAUGGAUUUGUUAGGAAACUUGGUUCCCGGAGGGGAGCUUGUUCAAAGAGGACGUUCUUUGCACCACGAGAUUUCACAAUGUCCACCUGGUGAAUAUGACGAGCCCAUCUAUGACCCUCAAGAUCUAUUAUGCAUAGACGAGGAGGCAAGGCAGGCAGCUAUGAACUCGCGAUUACGAAAGGAAGUCAAGAAGUCUCGGUUAACGGCGGCGGUGCAGCUGCUUGUCAAAAGCCGCGGUAACGUUACAGAUGAUCAACUAUUGGAAUUGUUGAAUAAUACUUUGAGAAUUUACCACGGUGAUGAAAAUUUGCCGCGAUGA